AUGACUUCCUUGGUUGUCUCACUGCUUUUAACUAUCAGACAACUGUUCAGUAUGUCAUAUGUUCGUGCCUUUCCUAUCUUUCUAUUCAGAUAUUCAAAUAUUUUACAAACAACCUCAUUUUUGAAAGAAAAAUCCUCUCGUUUUCUUUCAGCAGCUGACAUAUUGUUAAGCAACAAUGCAAAUAGUUGGCUUUCUGUUUCUUCAUUCGUAUAUAAUUCGUAUUCAGCUAGUGAAUCAUCCAAUAUUUCGUACAAACUAAUGAUUCUUUGUGUUGUGGACAUAUUUUAG